UGUUUUACAACCAACUCUGUUCAGCGGAUUAAAGCGUGCCUGCUCUGCUAUCGAUUGAUACGCCUGUUGUCAAGGGAAGGUGACGCGUUGUCCUUGGUUUCAGACAAGCGCGCAUGCGCACUGCUCAAAACUCACUGGCCAGUCAUGGCGUCCUCGCAAACAUUCAAGCGACGCUAAUGUUUAUAAACCGUAGAUAAUUGUCCGCCCCGAGGAGGAAUAUGCAUAACGAUAAGUGUGUCUUUUAAUGGCCUGUUUAGAAACUAAGCAUGGAGGACACAUGGCCUGAAGCAGCGCUCACAAGACAUAUGUCCAGGAGGUUGGACGAACACGGCAAGAAGCGCCGAGAAGGAGACUCCGCCGAGAGACGUCGCCGAGACAUGGACCGGGAGUCCGUGGACGGACGUGACGGAAAGAAGGGGGAAAGAAGAAGGGAACGAGACAGACGUGGACAUGAAUCCAGGGAGGACAGAGACCAGAUGAAGGAUAAAGAGGAGGACAGACAUAGGAGGGAAGAGAAGGAAAGACGCCGGGAAGAACGGGACAGGGAACGCAGGACUGAGAGGGAUAAAAGGUCCCAGGAGGACAGGGAAGGAGACCGGGACAGAGAACGCAGGUCUGAGAGAGACAGAAGGACACACCAGGACAGGGAAGGAGAUAGAGAUCCGGAACUGAGAAGAGAAGACCGGGACAGGGACCGCAGAACUGAAAGGGACAGAAGGACACACAAGGACCGGGAAGGAGACAGACAUUCGGAACGGAGGAGAGAGGACCGGGACAGGGAACGCAGGACUGAGAGGGACAGAAGGACACACAAGGACCGGGAAGGAGACAGAGAUUCGGAACUGAGGAGAGAAGACCGGGACAGGGACCGCAGAACUGAGAGGGACAGAAGGACACACCAGGACAGGGAAGGAGAGAGAAAUUCGGAACGGAUAAGAGAUGAUAGGGAUGAGGAACGCAGAACUGAAAGGGACAGAAGGGCACACCAGGACAGGGAAGGAGACCAAGAUCCGGAACCGAGGAGAGAAGAGCGGGGCAGGGAACACAGGACUGAGAGGGACAGAAGGACACACCAGGACAGGGAAGGAGACAGAGAUUCGGAACUGAGGAGAGAAGAUAGGGAUGGGGAACGCAGAACUGAAAGGGACAGAAGGACACAUGAGGAAAGGAAAGGAGACAGAGACUCGGAACGGAGGAGAGAGGACCGGGACAAGGAACGCAGAACUGAGAGAGACCGAAGGACGCACAAGGACAGGGAAAGAGACCGAGAUUCGGAACGGAGGAGAGAGGACCGGGACAGGGAACGCAAGACUGAGCGGGACAGAAGGACACAGGAGGACAGGGAAGGAGACAGAGACUCUGAACUGAGGAGAGAAGACCGGGACAGGGAACGCAGAACUGAGAGGGAGGAAAGAGAGCAACACAGGAAGAAUAAAGAAGAGCGAGAGACGAGACACAAGGACAGAAGACAUCACGACGAAAAGCCAAGACUGGUCACGGAGGAAGGCGCCGACGAGGAACGUGCAGAAAGCAACCGACGUAAAGAGAGGACACGCGGAGAAGACCCACAGAGACAUCACAGAGACGGACAAAAAGAACAAGAAAGUCACAGCCAAGAGAGCAGAAGUGGCAAAAAAGCUGAGGAGGACACGAAGCAUGCAGGGGACGUGGCAGCUAAAGAAGCAGGAGACGCAGAACAACCAGUUGCCAUCGAUGUGUCUUCGCAUCAGUAUGAGGAUGACUUUGAGAGAGCGGAUUACGAGGAGGACUUUGAGGAACUCGAUGACAAUGAAGGGGAGGGCGAGGAGGAGGCCGAGGAGGUGAAAGCCAUCCAGCUAGCCAUGGGUGAGGAGAACCAGAGAGUCCGAGCAUCUCUUUCUACUCUUAGUAGAGAAGAAGAUGAAGAAGAGAAGAUGCCUCAAGUAAAGGGAUACGCCCAAACGCCCAGUAAAAGCUCCCAGCGUGGGAAGUUCAUGGACUUUGCGGCGGCCAAGCAGCGAGAAGUCAUCAAGAAAGUUUCCAGCAGACAAAAGAAGCGCAGUGCAGACCUGCUUCGCCUCAUUGACCUGGAUUUGUCCACCACGGUGUCCCUGCUGGACCUGCCUCCUGUCAGUGAAUAUGACAUGUACAUUCGGAGCUUUGGAGCCGCCAACACAAAACAGGCUUACGUGCAGUGUAACGAGGACAAUGUGGACCGGGAUGUCCAGACAGAGGAGACGUAUCUAAGUGACAAGUGGACACAACAUCCUGCUGAGCACUGCGGCGUCUGUGGCGAUCCAAACGGGACACAUGACACGCGAGACCUGAGCGGGAUGAACUUGGAUUCGAGACGCUUGGCUGCGUUUCUGCGCUCCGCCUCCCAGGUGAUGGCGGUGCUGCUGGAGGAGGAUCACGCUCAGAAGAGCUCCUUCAAGGAGAGGACCACGCAAACGGACACGCUGUCUUUCAGUGAUGGAAGUGUGCAGCUCAACACCGAGCUGCCUUUUCUUCUUGGCCGCGCCGUCAGCUUGCUGAACUUCUCUACCGUCCAAAGACACACGCUGCUCUCCGUCCACCAGCCUGCAGCUUCUGUGGCGCCACUUGGCGAAUGCAGCAUCAUCUGCAUCUGGAGGAUGUGGGAGCCCUCCAGGCCUCAGAAGAUCCUCCUCUUCGAGUCUGAGGUGACGUGCUGCUCUUUCAGCCCGGGAAAGUCCACGUUGGUGUUUGCGGGCACGUCCAUCGGCUCGGUGGCGCUGUGGGAUCUACGCGAGCCGGACGGGGACCACGAGCGCCUGAGGAUCGACGAGGAAGAGUGGACCUUUCGACGACCUACCUUCUCUACCGACGCGCUGUCCUCAGCCCAUUUCUCACCCGUGACGGCCGUGGAGGUUCUUCCCGCCAACGUGCUGGGGGGGCCGGGGUCAGAGGUCCCCUUUUUGGCAUCCGAGGAAGAGUUGCUGGGAUUGUCCUUCCAGCUGGCGUCUCUCGAUGAGCGCGGCCUGUUGAAUCUUUGGGUGGUGCUGCAACUCCCAAAAGCCAACGAGGCGGGUUGUCAGACUGAUCUAGGUCUGAGGCCAGGUGGCAAAGUGAAGCUUCUCCACAGUUCGUGUGUGGCGACCGAGGGGGUCUGGCCGUCGCUUGCAGAGAAAAGCGGGCCACUGCAGACGCUUGCUUUGAAAUUCCUCCCCACCGACUGCAGCCACUUCUUCAUUGGCACCAGCAUGGGUCUGGUCAGUCACGGGACCACUCAGGGUUUGAAGGCCCCACCCAAGUUCUACAGCUCUCAAGAAUUUGGAGCGCGGCUUGUUGACGUCAGUUCCAUCCACUUUUCUCCUUUCAGGCCAGGCUUGUUCUUGGUGGGCUGCGGGGACGGAAGCGUCCGGCUGCACCGGGUCAGCUGUGACAAGCCGGUGGCUGAGUGGAGCGACAGCACGGCCGGCGAAGCGGUGGUCUCACUGCAGUGGAGCCAGACCAGACCUGCGGUCUUCUGCGUGCUGGACGCCGCCUCCAUCCUCCACGUUUGGGACCUGCUGAAGAAGGACUCAGGCCCUGUGGUCUCUGAGCAUAUGGACAGGCUGACGGCCAUGACUGCGUUUGGAGACCCUGGACAACAGAACACGUAUUCUGGAAUAGCGACGGCGCAGCAGUCAGGCAAAAUAGAGAUGCACUAUUUCACACAGAACUUCAGCCUCCAAAGUAGCGAAGAAGAGCAAACGUUGGAGAGAAUUAGCCAAUCUCUCUGAACGUUUGCACACUGACGUGAUAGAUCAUGUCAUUCUUUGACAGCAGAUGUCAUUUUUGCUAUCCCGCACGCAUUUUCACCCUCAGAUAUGCUCUCCGGGUACACAUUUUGUGGCAUUUGUACGGUUUCAGUUUCGAGUUAAGUCUGUUAGCCGCGGACAAUCUGCGCGUAGCUACCAGCGAAUCCGAGCGCUCCCUUUUGUAAUAUCAUGUAGCGCAUUUAAUCAUUUUCAGUCAAUGCUGCUUCUGCUAUUUGAAAACAAAGUAUGAUUCCGUAACUUGCCAUCGCAGAACCACUUAAAAAAGGAUCCAAAAACGCACAAAUUUACAGUGGAACCUCGAUUUAGGAACUUAAACUUGAACAGGGUUCAUAAAUAGAAAAGUUUGCACACUACCGGUCAAAGGUUUUGGAACACCUCAUUUAUAGCAAUGAGUAAGUUCAGUAGUACCUAAACUUACGAGCUUCAUUGGUUCUGAGACGGAGCUCUUAACGCAAAACACUUGUCAUCUUUUGAAAUCAUCUCAGUUGAAAACAGCACCAUUUUAAAAUGUAACAUGUCUUUUAAAAACAACAACACACUUUUAGAUACAACAUAUUAUAUAAUAACAGUACAAUAGAAUGUGCUAAUAACAACUACAGCAGUUUUUGAAGUAAAAUUACUCUCUGUCAAACACACCAUCAGCAGCUUUUCCAUAUUUUCAUGGAUAAAUGUCCACCAUUUAGAUAUUAUUUUUGCAUUCUUGGCUUCUGUUAGACUUGUUCUGCUUCAAUAUGGUGCAGACUGGCAGUGGUACAUAGAUAACAUAAAUCAAAUCAUGUUUUUGAUUAUUUAUUCUUCAAUUCAAUCAUCCGCUUCUUCUUCUCAUCACUGUCCUUCACACUCACUUUCUUCCUUUCCAUAGUUGGACAAACAAAAAAUAUGUCACUCUCUGGCUAUCAGCUAAUGCUAACGAGAGAGACUGGAUGUUCUGGUCAGAUCUUACAAGGUUCACCGUCACAUUUGCUAUGCCAACUAAUGGCGGAGAUGCUUGUAACUCAAAUCGUUGCUUGCAACUUAAAGCAUAACAAUUAGCACUUUUAAGUUGAGGUACCACUGUACAUCCAAACAUAUCACUGGUACUUUAGAUUAUAACAACUAUUUUAAUACUGAACAUCCUUUGCUUGUCAGUCUUAUUGUUUUGUAAACACAACUACUCUAAAGUCCACAACUAUUUGGACAGUGACCGGUUUUUUUUUUAUGCUUUUGUUUUAUACACCAUUUACAAUAGAUUAUAAAUAAAUCAAUCUUUAUAUACAAACCCCAAAA